UAAGGUUAAUUCUUCUCUUCUUUCUUCUAUCCCUAACAAAUUAAUCCACAAAUCAAUAUAUCAAGCAAAACCCAUCAUCUUCCAUCUUCAUAUAGUUUUCCUUUAAAAGAUUUGUGUUGAUCAGAGAUUAAAGCGAAAAGGGUUGUUAUAUAACCAAACAUGGUGAAGGAAUCAAUGAGAAAGUGUUCGCAUUGCGGGCACAACGGGCAUAACUCUAGGACGUGCAACAGCAAUGGCCAUGGCCAUGGACAAAAUAAAGGGGUUUGCUUGAAGCUUUUCGGCGUAAACAUUAUGGAGAAAGAAGAUGAUGCGAUGAAGAAGAGUUACAGCAUGGGCAAUCUGCAGGCGGCAGGCAAUGCAGACCACAACAACAACGUUGUUACAAUUGAUCACGAUGCCGGCUAUCUCUCCGACGGCCUCAUUCACAACAAGAGACACAAAGCCGCCCAUGAGAGAAAAAAAGGGAGGCCGUGGACCGAGGAAGAGCACCGGGUGUUUCUAGCUGGUUUGAAGAAGCUUGGGAAAGGAGAUUGGAGAGGAAUAGCAAGAAAUUUUGUCACCACCAGAACCCCAACUCAGGUUGCUAGUCAUGCACAAAAAUAUUUCCUCAGGCAGGCUACAUAUGAUAAGAGAAAACGCAGAUCAAGCCUCUUUGACAUGCAAUUUAAAGAACUCUCUAUGGACCUGCAGGAUCAGGGUCAUCAAGAUUCUCCAAUUUCACCAACAAGAACAGCUACAGAAACUUCAUCAGAGGGUAGCAGCUCUAAAGUUCUGCCACAGAAGAUUAAUACAGCUAAUAGCUCACCACCAAAGGCAAGCGUUCCGUCUCAGAUUCUAAACCGAUUUCCACAUCUAUGUUUGGAUAGCCCCCCAGCUGCUCCAGUGUCUCCACCUUGCAAUGUUCCAAAUUACCCUGCCGUCCCAUACAUGAUGGGAAUUCCUGAAAAUGUCCCAUACGCCCCAAUGAUGCACUUUGCCAGACCAAGCUACCACUAUAUGAUCAAAACACAUGGUAACUUUGCUACUUGUGCACCUGUUAUUUCUCACCCUUCUGGAAUUCCAUCACCAAGGUCUCUUCCAAGCAGUCCAUCUAUGGCCGGUCGUAUCGGUAUGAGCUCACCGGCUGAAAAAGAUGCUCUAGAGCUUAAAAUUGGGCAGCCUCAACCUUCUCAAGGAGCCAAUUUGUCUUCCCCUACUUCUGGUGCCAUCAGAGUGACAUAGAAAAUGAUAUAUGUUACAGCUGAUUCUUUUUGCAAUUUUGAUUUUUCAAGCUGAGAGGUAGAAGUAUCACGAGAAUAAUCAAUUAAGUCGGUUCAUUUUCAUGGAAGAGGUGUACAAUUGUAUAAUGCGGAUGAAGUUUUCCAAGUGUCCCACAGUUUAUGGUAAAAUGAGAUAGAUAGCUUGAUUGAUGCAUUA